AAACUUCUGCUGCAGAGCAGACCCUCCACCAAAUACCUGACACACUUCUGAGCGAUGGAGGGAAUCUAUGCAAAUGUUAAAUAUGACGACUCUGUUGACCCAAAGGCAUCACAGCAUCAGAGAGGUCCCAGGAGCUCAGGGAGGAGGUUUCAUGGAGCUGUUGUUCUCUUUCUGGGGCUGCUCAGUGUUUUCCUGCUGGCUGGACUCAUCGGCCUCGGUGUCCACUACCAUGUCUCAGCUCAUGGUUCAGCUGCAGAUUUCUCCAUUAUGAAGGAAAACCUGACAGAGCGUCUCCAGGCCAGUAACAACAAGCUUUCCUCCGUCUUUGAAGAGAGAGACCUGCUGAACGCCAGCCUCACUGAAGUGACCAAAAGGCUGAUUUGUUGCCAAAAGAAAGCUUGUCCUGCAGGAUGGAGGAGGUUCAUGUGCUCCUGUUAUCUCCUCUCCAGUGAGUCUGGUUCAUGGACAAGAGGUGGACAGGACUGCACAAACAGAGGAGCACAUCUGGUCAUCAUAGACAGCACUGAAGAGCAGAUGUUCCUCUCUAACUUCACUGAGGCUGAAACUUGGAGUUGGAUUGGUUUGAUUGACAAGGACACGGAGGGGACCUGGAUGUGGGUUGAUGGAAGUCCACUGACUCUUAGGUACUGGGAGGCCGAGCAGCCUGAUAACGGUGGUGGACACGCAAAGUGGGGUGAGGAGGACUGUGCACACAUCAGAACCGGCAAGAAAACUGCCGAAAACUGGAACGAUCGGUCGUGUGAUGCUUCUCUGCGAUGGAUCUGUGAGAAAAAGAUUUAGUGUUGGUGGACAAUAAGUGUGUCUGAACAGAGAAGGCAGUCCUGUUCAUUCUUUAUUCUGUGUAAACAUCUCUGCAUCAGGCUGAGGAUGUUCUAUCUGUUUAAUUAUGCCUGCAUUAGGUAUAUCUGAGUGAUUAUUGAUGAAGUAUUCUGAUCAUCAUUCUCUUCCAGCAAGUAGAAAGUCAAGGCUCAAAGCUCCUGCCAGACCACAGCUGUGUUAUAUCUGCCAAUAUUAUAGUGUGUCCUGCUCCCCUCAGUCAGUGCUCAUGAUCUUUGAUGACUGUGACUGACUUAGAGAUGUUUCUGCUCAGCCUUUUUUAAAGACAUUUUUGUUACUCACCCUUUCAGCUUCAUCAACAUAUCUGUGCCUUGAUCCAGAGCUUUUUUCCUUUUUGUCUCUGGUCAUACAUGAAACUCCAAACAACAACUAGAGGAUAAACAUGCUCAUAAAAAGACUUUAUUCAUAUAGUUGAAAACUAUCAAAGAAAUCUAGGCUGGAGCCACUUCUUAUAGCAUCAAAGUUUGACUUGAAACUGCAAUAAACUCCUGUACAAUGAUAGCACAUCAAAGAUCCAAUGAAGCUUUUAGCACAACCAAUAAAUAGUUUGAUGAGUGAGUGUGUGAGUCUGUAAACUUUGUGACGGCCAAACUUCAAAUCAUAAUUAAACAUUGUGAUAAAAAUUUUGCUUCAUUGUGUAUAAAAAAUCAAAUCAAGUUUUAUUUUAGUUUAUCACUUAUACAAUCACACACAGUAUAACAAAGAGUUUAAUGAAUAGAAGAAUAAAAUGGGUGAAGAUGACAUGAAAAUCUGAUCUUAAACAAGUCAUUUGGUAAAUGAAUUAAAUAGAAUAGAAAUAUAUAAAAUAUAAUAAAAAUGAAUAAGUAGUAAUGAUAUUCAAUUGUCAGCGUGAGUCUCAGAAAAAUGAAAGAAAGAAUUUAUUGUCAUUUAGAAUGAAUUUCUUUUAGCUAACAUAACGUUCAUGUGUUUUGUCAGUUGUGGUGAUGUUCUUUGUGAUGGCCGGCGCUGAAUCUGUGUUGUUGUGUCUUUUAACGUAA